AUGGCUAGUGGAACUUCCUCGUCUUCGGAAUGGAAAACGAAGAUUGUAGAUGAGUGGAGAGCUCGUCGCUUAGCUGAAACGAAAGAUACAUCGAUUUUAUUUCCAUUAGCGAUGAAUCCGUUUGGUGAAGACGAAAUUUUAGCGAUGACAGAGGUUUUGCUAACAGGUCGGCUAACAUUAGGCAAACAAGUUGAACAUGCUGAAAAGAAAUUUGCAGAAAUUGUUGGUGUACCUUAUGCUGUGAUGGUCAAUUCAGGUAGUUCGGCAAAUUUAUUAGCUGUGUCGGCAAUAGCAAAUAAAUUGCGAACAAAACAUUGUCAAGUAGGUGAUCAUGUUCUCGUACCAGCUGUUUCUUGGUCGACAAGUGUGUUUCCAUUGAUUCAACACGGUCUUCGUCCAAUUUUCGUCGAUGUUGAUCCACGUACGUUUAAUAUUUCAAUUCACGAACUCGAACGCAAAUUAACCAAUCAUGUGAAAGCAAUCAUGGCUGUUCAUGUGCUCGGAAACUCAGUUAACAUGAAGUUAUUGAUGGAAUUUGUUCGACNAUCAACUCUUACGGGCAGUAACGGCAUGUUGGGUCGAUACAUUCGUGAUGUUGUCUUAGAGCAAACAUCUUCGCCGGAAAUCGCCGAUACCAAACCGCGAAAAAUUCGAACAAAGGACUCUGAAUGGAUCUUUAUUACUCGCGAAGAUGGUGAUCUACGAAGAGUCGAAGAUGUGCAAAAUAUUUUCAAACGAUAUCAACCAACGCGUGUUAUUCAUUGUGCUGCACGUCUUGCAUCGAUUCAAGAAAUGUCUGCUAAACCUGUCGAAUACUGGUUUGAUAACGUUACAAUGAACAAUAAUAUUCUGAAAACAGCUUACGAAUUUCAAACAUGGAUCGGCCAGAUAAAGUUAGUUUCGAUUUUGUCAACAGUCAUGUUUCCGAAAGAUGCACAAUUCCCAGUUGAUACGUCUUCGAUUUACAGCGGUUCUCCUCAUCCAGCGUCUGAAUCUUAUGCUUAUGCAAAACGAUCCUUAGCAAAAUUAACUCAAUGGUAUAGAACUGAAUAUCAUUGCAAUUUCGUUUCAAUCUUACCAGGCAAUUUCUUUGGUGCUUAUGGCGACUUCAAUCCACAUACAGCGCCGCUUGUCAAUGCAUUAAUCGCAAAAAUUGAAAAUCAAAAUCCAUCGGUUCCUCUACAAAUGAUCGGAACAGGUCAACCGCUUCGACAAAUUAUGUUCGCAGAAGAUCUCGCUCGAAUUGUCCUAUGGUCCUUAGAAAACUACAGUGAAGAUCAACCAUUGAUCGUCGCCGGAGAAGAAGUUUCGAUCUCUCAACUUGUUCAACUGAUUGCUCAACAAAUGAAUUACGGGGGUGCGAUUCAAUUCGAUAAUGAUACAAACAAAGAUGGUCCGUCACGGCGUACAGCUAAUAUGUCUGUAUUCUCAAAACUUUAUCCAUCAUUUCGAAUGACAUCACUCUCUCUCGGAAUUCAAAAAACAAUCGAAUGGUUCCGAAAUCAGUCGAGAUAUGUUUGA